CGCACUUCAGGGCGCAGGCGCACGGAGGGGUUGGGGAGGAGGGAAAGCGGCGAGUAAGAUGGAAGAUGAGGAGGUCGCUGAAAGCUGGGAGGAGGCGGCAGACAGCGGGGAAAUAGACAGACGGUUGGAAAAAAAACUGAAGAUCACACAAAAGGAGAGCAGGAAAUCCAAAUCUCCUCCCAAAGUGCCCAUUGUGAUUCAGGACGAUAGCCUUCCCACGGGCCCCCCUCCACAGAUCCGCAUCCUCAAGAGGCCCACCAGCAACGGUGUGGUCAGCGGCCCCAACUCCGCCAGCAGGCCGGCCCUCCCGGUCAAGUCCCUGGCGCAGCGGGAGGCAGAGUACGCGGAGGCCCGGAAGCGGAUCCUGGGCAGCGCCAGCCCGGAGGAGGAGCAAGAGAAGCCCAUCCUCGACCGGCCAACCCGGAUCUCCCAGCCGGAAGACAGCCGGCAGCCCAACAAUGUGAUCAGACAGCCUCUGGGUCCCGAUGGGUCCCAAGGCUUCAAACAGCGCAGAUAAACGCGGGCUGCCAAGGAUGCCGCCGCCCGCUGCAGGCCGCACUGCGGGGGCAGACCGCUGGACUUGAGCAGAGGGAGCGACCGACUGACUUGCACUGUGAUCCCCUUUGCUCCGCCCACUGUGACCUUGACCCCCAUGCACUGUGACCGCCCUUCCCCCUCUUCCCACUGCGAUUGGCGUGUCUACAAGGGCUGUCCCCAGUCAAUGGAAAGGGAAAGGGUGGGGGUUAGAGGAGGGUUGGGGGACCCCCCAGGGACUCAGAGUAGAGAGUCAGGCAGUGCCCCUUGGCCACUCGGGGUGAAGCCAGUGCCAGCAAUAACAGUUUAUCAUGCUCAUUAAUUUGGGAUUUCAAAACGCAGAUGAGAACUCCCGUCCACCACCCUCAAGUGCGUGUCCUCAUCACUUAAAAGCAAGUUCCUUGGGAAAAUAUCCUUUUUUUUUUUCUUUCCUUCCUAUUUUUGUUUAUACAAAUAUUUGAUUUGCAAAAAAAAAAAGUGCAUGGGAGAGGUUUUAGCAGUUUAAUGAAUUUUUAAUUGAGAAAGGAUAGUUUGGUAGUCUACUUAAAAGUGUUUCUGGGAAAUUCACUAGAAACAUUAACCAAUAGGACUUUGGUGAGCUUAGCUUCUGUAUUCCUACUGCCGCCCAGACGGGGCCGGGCUCUGCAGCCCCCAGGACAGUUGAGCACCCAUGCCUAUACCUCCCUCCCCCAGCUACGGCCCAGGGCCUCUGUGCCCUGCCUGCAGACUGGGCUAGCUCUGUAGGCUCUGAGAGCCUGGGGAGGGUGCCAACCCCUCACCUCUAGUAUUUUGGGAGAUGGAGAAAGUGAACAGACUUCCCCUUCCAAAACCCCUCAGGGUGGUUCCCUACCAGCCAGGCUUACUGCUUCUGGAAGAAGGCAAGGAGUGAGGCUGCACUCCAGGCUGUGGGAAUAAGGGCUGCAAGACUUGCUCCGUGUUUUGCUGUCAACACAAGGAAAGCCAGGAGAGAGUCUGACUCCAGGACUCUGAGCCUCCUGCUGAGUGUGGUCAGAACACAGGUGGACUUUCCCGCUCCAGCAAGACUUAGAAAUAACUUUCACGUGUCUGUGGGGUGCCAUCGCUGUCGAUGGCAUCGGCUUGGUAACUGUACCCAGGACAUUUCCCUUGUGAAAUCACUACCUGAGGAGCAAACCAUUCUGAGUACGUUUGGGGAAAAACAAGCUGUGCAUUGCAAAGGUUGGUAAUGACAGACUGGUUCCCCCUGCGCCUAGGCUACCCUCCAUCCCUUUUUUCCAGAGCAAGGGCCUUGAGCCAAGGCAGUUUACCCUCUGUCCUUAAAGCCUGGAGACUGGCUUUGGCUCUUUGCGGUGGAAGAGGCUUAGAGGGCUCUGCCCAGAGCAGCCGUGUGUACCAUCUGGCCCCUUUCAGGCUUUCUGAGCUGUCCCGUUGCACUGCACCUGGCAUCCCUCAGCCAGCCAGACGGCCUGCCUGCUCGGCAGAUGAGUUUUGGAACGGGUGCUGUGAUGUCUGUGGUUGGGGCAGCUUGUACCGGCCACGGUGGCGGGCCAGGUCUUGCAGGCUCGCUCCUGCCUCUGGUCCUCCUGCCCUCACCUCACCCCGUGGGGAUGUUAGCGGGACCCAGCAAGCCUUGGCCCAUUGCGUCUGCCCCUUAGGAGGGGAGGUUGGCUGCCAGCCGAGUCAGCAGCUAGUCCCUAGCACGGGCUUACCACUGAGUGGAGCCCGGAAGCGGUGUGUGCAGAGAGCUGGAUGCAGCUUCAGUGAGAGCCUGGGCAUGCUGAGUGCCAGCACAGGCUGUUCUGAGGGGUGGGCGGAGGGGAAGGCUGCUGUCUCCACGGCCCGGACCAGGUUUCUGCGUCCGAGACGGACAGUGUCCAUCCCUCACGUGACAGUGGUUUCUGGCCCAAGAUGAGACUCUCCUUUUCAGCUGGAGAAGGUACAGGGGUGGGCAGGUAGAAAGGCCAGAGGUGCUGAGGGCCCCACUGUGGGGACCAUCUGCUCUCGCUCCCCUCUUCUGGCGGGAGCCCAGGAGGCCGGCUGACGGGUGUCUGGAUCGAGGGGGUCGUGGGGCCUGCGGCUCCCGCCUCCCUCCGGCCAAAGACGGGCUCUGCCCGCUGCGUGCCUGCCCCCACCCACCCGCAGUCUACCCUGGCUCCCCAGACAGAGAGGUGACAGACAAAACUUAAACGAAGUGAAACAGGAAACUCUUGUGUUGGGGGGAGGUGGGCGGGGAGAUGGGAGAACGGUUUGGAUUUUGUGUGUGUGUUUGUGGGGGUUUUUUUUUUUUGUAGUUGUCUGUAACUUUCCUUAAGUGCUUUUUUUUUUUUUUUUAAAGUAAGCUGCAGGCUUUGGCUUGGAAAACCCCGGAGGGGUGAGGGGGGCAGAAACCUGAGGCUGCUGCCCCUUAUCUGCCUCCGUGGUUCUGUCCCCUUCCCCAGCUCCCCACUCACCCCCGAGCCAGACCUCAGACCUCCCAGCUAACCGCUUCCCAUGAGCCACUACUCUGACGUCAGCCUAUAACCAAAGGAGCUGGGGGUCUGGGCCUGGUGACCCCCCCUUCUCCGCCCACUCAGUCAGGGUGCUCCCCACCUGCAGGCAGGAGGCAACACCCGAUCUGCUCCCCUCAGCCCCUCCAGGGCCCCGCCCCGCCCUCCCCUGCUCGCCCCGCCUGGGGACACUCUGCUCAGGGACGGGCCGGCAGGGCUGCCCCGGCCUCCCCGGUAGGCAGAGACUCUGGAAGCCUCUGGGGUCCUGUUUUCAGCCAUGCGGCCCCCGGGGUGCAUGCGGGCCCCUCGGGCGUCUGAACAGGGAGGCCCGGGAGGGAGCCUGCCCCCUGCCGUCCUGCUCUGCCGGUCCGGCGGGCAUUCCCACCCCACCCCGCACCGCGGGCUCCUGAGUCGGCAGAUGAGGCAUUUUAUAAAUUGUAUUUUAAAUACAUGUUUUAAACUUGUCAAA